GACUCAAAAAAAGAAAAGAGGUAGUACAGUAAUGCAAAGUGUACAUGGGCGACAAGAGCGUAAGUUGGUCGUGUUGAACAGGUACAAUCAACCCAUUGGUCCUACUAAUGCCAUUGUAACAGAGUUGGGGAGUUUUCUUGGAACCUUGGCAAGGAAUGCGAUGUUUUGUCCUCUUAAUAUUCAUAAUUGGAAGAAUAUGGACACAAAAAAAGAUUUGUGGGAUUAUACCCAGGAGAAAUAUGAUAUUCCUGAUAGUGCAAAAAAAUGGGCUUUGGAGGGAAUUAGAAAUGCUCGGAGAAAGUAUUAGAAUGACUUGUAUGAGAAUCAUUAUAAAGCAUAUGAUAAUGAUGAUCUUCGAAUGGCAAAUAAGCCCAAAGAUGUUUCAGAAUUUGAUUUUAAGGACCUUCUCAAAUAUUGGGACUCUGAAAAAUUCAAGGAAAUGAGUGAAAGAAAUACCAAAAAUCGAAAAAAAUGGAUGAAUCCACAUACUGCUGGUAAAACAAGUUUUGUUGUGAUACGCAAUAAUUUGGAAAAAGAGAAGGAAAGCCCCGAUGAGCUGUCAACUAAAGAACUCUUUGUGGCUACAAGAUCAAGAAAACCUGGCCGAGUAUACAAGGACUCCAACGAAGAUACAAUUAGUAAAAUUGCUGAAAUGGAGAAAAUGCAAAGUCAACAGAAUGAAGAUGACAAUCAAUCAUUUGAUGCUUUUACAACAGUCAUGGGACAUGAACACCCAGGGUGCCUGAGAUUGUAUGGAAGAGGAGUUACCAAAAGUACUUUGAAAAGAAAAGUGCUUUCUGAACCUUAUUUAAGUGCUAAUGAUGAGAGGAUGGAAAAAUAA